GCUGCUUCAAAUAAUGAACCAAUCGCUGGAAUGAACAAAAAUGUUUGGGUGGUUUCUACAUCAAAAAAGAGUGUACAUUAUCAGAAUAUAGAAUCUACCACCACGACAUUACGUUUAACCAAUGAUGGAACCAGUUAUUUUAACAAUCUAUUAGCAAAAGACGAAUUUUUCGAUUUAUUGCAAAAGCAAUUGGCUGAUUGCAUUCCAAUAAAUAUGAAUAGAUUGAUUCCAACAAAGCUAUCUUUAUCUCUUUUCAUUCUUACGAAAGAAAAUCAUAAAAAAACUGUAAACUAUGAGAAUCUUGAAAAUUCUGAGAACCUUUAUGACGAAGAUUUUAAUAGUUGGUCUGCUAGAAACGGAGGGAUCGUAUCAUUACUUUCUAUUUUAACUGGUGCUGGCGUUGAAAUAUUGAACUGUUCAAUUCGAAAUUUGGUGUAUUUGAUAUAUUCUCAGCUCUAUUAUCCAAAGAAGCGAUCAAUUUGA